CUUAAGCGAUUCGUCCAUCCACAUGUCUGUCAAAUACUUCCUGUCAGUCUACUUCCUGGAUUCCCGAAUAAGAGAAACAUUGUAAGAACACUGUUGUUACCAUCACUGUCUAUGAGUUUUCUAUUUAGACAUCAUCAUCAUCAACAUCGCCAAAAUCAGCAUCAAUGGCUUUCAGAAAAGCAGUGAAGGGCACCCUGAUAGGGGGCGGAGCUGUAGCAGCUGCCGUUGGCCUAUCACAGUACUUUGAAUACAGAAAGAAUCAGCCUAAAUGGGCUCGGCUGGCGUAUGUCGAAGCACAGGGUGAAUUAAAGAUGCCAUUUAAAGAUGCCCUCCCAACAAGAGAAGAGCAACUUACAGCACUCAGAACUACUGAAGAGUUUGACGUUUUGGUGGUGGGGGGCGGAGCCACAGGCUCAGGAUGUGCCUUGGAUGCUGUCACGCGAAAUCUGAAAACAGCCCUUGUCGAACGGAGCGAUUUUUCAUCAGGCACCAGCAGCAGAAGCACCAAGCUCAUUCACGGCGGGGUCCGCUAUCUGCAGAAAGCCAUCAUGAAACUAGAUUAUGAGCAGUACAUGAUGGUGAAAGAAGCCCUUCAUGAGCGUGCCAAUCUGCUGAACAUUGCACCUCACCUGUCUGCCCCUUUACCCAUAAUGCUUCCUGUUUACAAGUGGUGGCAGCUUCCAUAUUACUGGGCCGGCAUCAAGAUGUACGACCUGGUGGCCGGAUCGCACUGUCUGAAGAGCAGUUACGUCUUGAGCAAGAGCAAAGCACUGGAGCUCUUCCCUAUGCUGAAGAAAGACAAGCUUGUUGGAGCUAUUGUCUACUAUGAUGGACAGCAUAAUGACUCGCGUAUGAACCUGGGCAUUGCUCUAACAGCGGCCCGUCAUGGCGCUGCCGUUGCUAACUACACAGAGGUGAUUCACUUGCUGAAGAAAGCAGACCCUAUAACAAGCCAGGAGAAAGUAUGUGGAGCACGCUGCAGAGAUGUGAUCACGGGGCGGGAGUUUGACGUCCGUGCCAAAUGUGUCAUUAACGCUACCGGCCCCUUCACCGACUCCUUGCGUAAAAUGGACAACCAGAAAACUCCCAACAUCUGCCAGCCCAGUGCAGGAGUCCACAUUGUCAUACCUGGAUACUACAGCCCUGACAACAUGGGACUAUUAGACCCCGCCACCAGCGAUGGUCGUGUCAUCUUCUUCUUGCCCUGGGAGAAGAUGACGAUCGCGGGGACGACAGACACAGCCACUGAGGUCACAGCCCAUCCCAUCCCUAUGGAGGAGGACAUCAACUUUAUCCUGAGCGAAGUGCGACAUUACCUCAGCAAUGACGUGGAAGUACGGCGAGGGGAUGUCCUGGCAGCCUGGAGUGGCAUUCGUCCCCUGGUCACUGACCCAAACUCCAAAGACACGCAAUCCAUCUGUCGCAACCACAUUGUCAAUGUCAGCGACACCGGCCUUGUCACCAUUGCUGGUGGAAAGUGGACGACCUAUCGUGCCAUGGCUGAAGAGACCCUCGAUGCUGCCGUAAAGGCACAUAACCUCACAGCUGGGCCCAGUAGGACGAUCGGUCUGUUGCUGGAGGGUGGGAAGGACUGGACCCCCACUCUGUACAUCCGCUUGGUUCAGGACUACGGUUUGGAGAACGAGGUUGCCCAGCACCUGGCAGCCACUUAUGGAGGAAGAGCAUUUGAAGUGGCAAAGAUGGCAAAGGUGACAGGCAAGCGAUGGCCCAUAGUGGGAAAGCGCCUUGUAUCUGAAUUUCCCUACAUAGAGAGUGAGGUGCAGUAUGCUAUAAAGGAGUAUGCCUGUACAGCUAUUGAUGUCAUCGCUCGACGAACACGUCUGGGCUUUCUGAACGUGCAGGCUGCAGACGAGGCUCUUCCACGUAUUGUUGAGAUUAUGGGUAAAGAGCUGCAGUGGAGCGAGCAAAAAAAGAAAGAAGAGCUGGAAGCAGCUAAAAAUUUCCUGUACCUGGAGAUGGGCUAUAAAACUCGAUCGGAACAGCUAAGCAAGACAACAAUAAUGUCACUUACUCUUGAAGAAGUGGAGAGGUAUAAAAAGCGCUUUUACAAAUUUGAUAAGGAGAGCAAAGGCUUUAUUACGACAUUGGAUGUCCAGCAGGUUCUAGAGAAACUCAGCAUUCAUAUUGAUGAGAACGCUCUUCACGAGAUCCUCAAUGAGGUUGACCUCAACAAAAACGGACAGGUGGAACUGAAUGAGUUCCUGCAGCUCAUGACUGCGGUCCAGAGAGGGCAAAUCUCUGACAACCGUCUUGCUAUCCUGAUGAAGACAGCAGAGGAGGGCCUGGACAUGAGAGGACCAGUCUCGGUUGACCGAAGCGGAGGCGGAGUUUAAAUCCCAUCUACCAACCAAAACGAUCCCAGACGACAGCUUCAAAAAUGCUGAUCACUGUGCCAACACUGGUCAGAUCACAAGCACAUACUGUAAAACCAUGAACGUUGAGCCUUUUAAUUAUUUCAUAAUUCGUUGUUUUAGCAUGCUCCAUGCAAAUGAAUAUGUUUAAAGAGGAAUAUAUUCUUAAAUAAUUAUUAUAAAGAGUAUAUAUUUUUAUCACUCCUAAUAUGUUACUAAUGUAUGUUGGUGUGCACGAUUUAGUGAGCUUCACUUGCUUUAUGAAUGCGAUUGAUUUCCUUCGCCAAACAAUAAGGUAAAAUUUAAAGGAACAGUUCACUCAAAAAUAAAAAAUACUCCGUAUAUAUGCCUUCUCUUCUUUAGCUGAACCGAGAUGCAAAUACAGAUAUGACAGCACAUUGAUGAAGCACGCACAAGUCACGCAAGAACCAAUGAGAUUUGAAGCUAUCGACAUGCCGCCAUUUUUAAGCUUGUUUACAUUUCAGUUUUGGUAGGUAAAUUAUAAGAGAUUUUUCAUUUUUGGGGUAAACAGUUCCUUUAAGGGCUCCUGGCGACGUCUUGAAAAUGCACUACACUUUAUUUCGCAGGUUAACACUGUAUACUGCUGUAUUGUUACUGUUUUGAACACAGUGGUGUUUGUUUUGUUUCACUCCAAAGUGCUUAUGCAUUUUUCUAAAUGUUUUUCAAAAUCAAGUGUUUUUAAUGUACUUUGAUAAAUGUGUUAAAAUUUUCAAAUGACAGUAUAAUGUUUAAAUCACUAAUCAUUGUGUAUUAGUUUAUACAGAUCAGGUAUUUGUUCUCUGUACAGUGUUUUGAGCUUAUUAAUCGGCAUCAGCCUGUGUUAAACUAAUGAAUUUUACAUUUACAUUAUUAUUGUUUAAAGGAAAACACCACCGUUUUUCAAUAUUUUACUAUGUUCUUACCUCAACUUAGACGAAUUAAUACAUACCUUUCUUUUUUCAAUGCGUACACUUAAUCUUUGUACAGCGCGUCUUGACUAUGUUAGCAUUUAGCCUAGCCCCAUUCAUUCCUUAGGAUCCAAACAGGGAUGAAUUUAUAAGCCACCAAACACUUCCAUGUUUUCCCUAUUUAAGGACUGUUACAUGAGUAGUUACACGAGUAAGUAUGGUGGUACAUACUUUACUCGACCUUGGCGCAUUAAUAUUGACGGAAGUUUGAGCGAGAGGGGGGUAAGUGCUACAAACUAAGUGCUCUUCCGCCAUACAAUAUAGUUCUCAUUUUUUUAUCCGCUUAAAAAUCAGCACGUUUUAUUUUGUGCCACCAUACGUUUUCAUGUAACUGCUCAUGUAACAGUCUUUAAAUAGUGAAAACAUGGAAGUGUUUGGUGGCUUCUAAAUUCAUUCAUGUUUGGAUCCUAUGCAAUGAAUGGGGCUAGGCUAAAUGCUAACACAUUCAAAAUUCGCUGUACAAAGAUUAAGUGCACGCAUUAAAAAAAGACAGGGAUGUAUUAAUUAGUCUAAGUUGAGGUAAGAACAUAGUAAAAUAUAAAAAAAAUGUGGUGUUUUCCUUUAAAGUUUACCCAAAAAUGAUAAUUCUGUCAUCAUUUACUCACCCUCAUGUUGUAUGAGUUUCUUUCCUCUGUUGAACACAAAAGAAGAUAUUUUAGUAAAUGAUGGUAAGCAUGCAGUUGACUGACUCAUGGUAUUUGUUUUACUACUAUGGAAGUCAAUGGGUACAGUCAACUGUGCGGUACCCAUCAUUGGGUAAAUAAAUUAUGACAAAAUAUUCAUAUUUGGAUAAAAAAAUACCCAUUGUAGUAUGUUUCUCAAUCUUAAGUUGUAAAAAGUAAUUUCCCUUGGUUACCCAUGUAAUGUAAAGUGUUCUCUUACUGUAAAUUUACAGUACUGUAAGGGUGAAUGUAAUUUUAUGUGCCUUGCUUUCUAUAGAGAGACUUUGCAUGUCAAAAACGCACAGUAUGAAACGCACUACCUAAUCUUUAACUUGAUUGUACUUUUGUAAUUUUUAACAUGAUUAUGUAUUUUUAAUGUAGUAUAUGUUCAGACUUCAUCACCUUUAAAUUAACUUAUAAUCAAAUAAUACAUGAUUUAAAAGGAUAGUUCACCCAAAAAUUGAAAUUCUGUCAUUUUGAGGAAUGUUUGUAACUAAACCGAUUAGAGGCCCCAUUGAGUUCCACAGUAGGGAAAAAGGACACUAUGGAGAACAGUAUGGAAGUCAAUGGGGCCUCUGAUCAGUUUAGUUACAAACAUUCCUCAAAAUAUCUUCCUCAGAAGCAAAAAAAAAUGUAUACAGGUUUGUAACAACAUGAGAGUGAGAAAAUAAUGACAGAAUUUUCAUUUUGGUUGAACUGUCUCUUUAAGUGUUUUAGCGUGUUUUGUACAACGAGGCACAAACUUUAUAAUGUUUUAGUCAUUUAUCACCAUGUAAUGACCUGUAUUUUUUGUUGGAAAACAGAUUGUCAUCAAUCUUCGGGGAUCAGUUUUGUUUGUCAGGUUCCAACAAUGCCAAAUAAGAAGUGAGGGAUGUGUUUUGAGAGAAAUAGCAGUUUAACUAAUCUGCAUUUAUUGUUUGUUGUGACAGGAUGUAAUUUCAGACUGAGGCGGACUGAAUGAGAUUCGUACUGUAUUGAAAAAUGUACAGUAAAUCAAUCUGCAAAUACUGAGAAACACAAUUCUAUAAUUAAAUGUAUCUGGUUGCCUUGUG